CCUUUGGACAGACUGGACAGACGGGCUGCCGUUGCAUCGCUGCUCCUUCCCGCUGCGCUAAGAAGCAAGACAGACAGCUCCCUGACCAAGACUGAACAGCAAAUCAAAGACAAAGAAUCAAGUGGUCAUCAAAUCGAUAGCUACUGGAAUAGUUUGGUUUUGGGCACCAUGGUGAAGCAGCGGCGCGUCAGAGCGCACUCCUGUUGCGCAGCUGUGGCGCCUUUUUGUUGCAGAAGAGGAGCAGUGAAGACUCUCACAGAGCCGGCCAUCUUUGCCAGGGAGACCAGCUGUGAUUGCCGCGCGCCACACGAGAAGCUGACCAUCGCACAGGCUCGCAGAGGCACUCCAGUGGACCGGCCAGUCAGAGUCUAUGCAGAUGGCAUCUUUGACCUUUUCCACUCUGGACAUGCUCGUGCUCUCAUGCAGGCCAAGAACCUCUUUCCCAACACCUACCUCAUAGUAGGAGUGUGCAGCGAUGAGCUGACCCAUAAGUACAAAGGUUUCACAGUCAUGACGGAGCACGAGCGUUACGAAGCGCUGAGACACUGCCGCUAUGUUGAUGAGGUUUUGAGAGACGCACCCUGGACUCUCACGCCUGAGUUCCUUGAAAAACACAAGAUCGAUUUUGUGGCUCAUGAUGAUAUCCCAUACUCCUCAGCAGGAAGUGAGGACGUUUAUAAACACAUCAAGGAGGCAGGGAUGUUUGUGCCCACACAACGGACAGAGGGAAUCUCAACUUCUGACUUAAUUACCAGAAUUGUCAGAGAUUAUGAUGUUUAUGCCCGACGCAACCUUCAACGUGGCUACACGGCCAAGGAGCUGAACGUCAGCUACAUCAACGAGAAGAAGUACCGACUACAGAACCAAGUGGAUCGCAUGAAGGAGAAAGUUCGCACAGUUGAGGAAAAGAGCAAACAUUUUGUUUACCGCGUGGAGGAGAAGAGUCACGACCUCAUUCAGAAAUGGGAAGAGAAAUCCAGAGAAUUUAUUGGCAACUUUCUAGAACUUUUUGGACCCGAUGGAACAUGGAAACAAGUGUUUCAGGAACGCAGUGGUCGAAUGCUGUCCUACGCUCUGUCGCCUAGAGAGUCGCCCUGCAAUAGUCCCCCCCGCGAACUGUCCCCCCUGCGCUCUCCCUCUCCCCCGUCUCCCCCCACCCGCUGGCACAAUGCACGGCCCUCCCCUCCUACCUCCCCCAAAGGAGCGUCUGCCUCCAUGAGCAGCAUGAGUGAAGGGGAUGAAGAUGAGAAGUAGAUGGACUGCUGAACACACACACACAUAAACAUACACAUACACACAUCACUCACACCACACUGCCUGGAGACUAUUCACACACAUACACAUACACAUACACACACACUCCUACAAACGCUGGCUGGAAACUGACACAGUUACCCUCAAGGAUGUUGCAAAUAUGCAAUACAGACAGUGAUCAUGGGAAAUGCAGUUCUGGGCUGCAGAGCUGAGAAGCCAUCACUGUCUCUGUUGUCUGGGCAACCAAGCAGACGGAAGACAGAGGAAGAGGAUUUAUGUACACAGUGUCACAUAAUGUAAGAAGGACAAGACUCCUGUGCAAUAUCUUUGGAGAGGAUUUGCUUUGGAUUGUCCAGCACUGAUAGAGACUGUCCAACAGCCUGCUUCUGAUAUCACAGUUGUUUUUGUUGUUGUCCCGUUAUGUUAAGUUCAUCGUUUUCUUUUUUAGAAUGCAAAGUUUUCUUGUAACUACUGUGGCAUGUGAUUUGACACGAAGCUACAGAAACACUGCAUUCAGUCCUACAGGUCAUGUAAACUGGAAAUGGGUUUAUUCAUCACUGUGUUGUUUAACUGAUGGGUAGAAAUAAAAGAGAGUCACUGCCCCCUCCUAGAAUAUGGCAGAGGUGACACAGUGGACAGCCUCUUUGCACUCAAACACAUAGUCCAGUGUUAGUUUACACCACCUUAGCUUAAAUCAUCACGUGUUCCAUGCAAUGACCACUUUCAAAGAAUCGUGCUGUAAAGUAUUCAUAUGAAAUACUCUGUAGGAAAUUGCAGUGAGCCUUGAAGUAGCCUGUAUAUUCCAAAUAUGUAUCUAAAAUAGAUAUGAUUGGUGCAAAUAAAGCUAGAGUUAAACCCAACAGAGAACAAAUUUUACUACAUGAACAUAGCUUUUAAACACAUAUUAAUCCAUUCUGUUUAGAAAUGAUAGUGGAAACAGGUCUAAUACAGACACUAAAUGGAGUCCCUGAGGUUUCUUCUGCAGUUAAUAUGUUAAAUGUCUGUUAGCCCCCAUGAACUUGAUUGUGAUUAGACAGAAAGGGAAAAAAAAUGCCUUGAUCUUAACUUCUUGAAUGUAAAGUCUUUAAGACUGCACCUGGAAAGUAGAUGUAAUCCCUUGCAUCUGUAGCCACAUUGAAAGGCCUCACAAAUGUUGUUUUACCUAAUAAUGAGGGGGAAAAUGUGGAUUUUCACCAUUAAAAGCCAUACGUUUUGGGUUUUCCAUGUUUUAUCAAUCAGCGUUUAGCAGACAUUUUCUUUGGCUCUUGGGAAUAUGAUGUCAGCUGUCAAUAGAAACCUGACAAACUCUGAUGAUACUUGAAAUAUAUAUAAAAUUAAAGCUCUCUGGGUGAACCUUCAGGCCUUUAAAAGCCUGAGGUAGUCCUAAUGUUUCUGUUGCUACUAUUAGAAACGUAUGUAAUGACUCUUUUUGUUCAAGUCUGCUCACCGUACCUACAACAGGGCAGAGCAGACCUCUCUUCCACCUCGACAACACAAUAAAUACCCUAAAUGCAAUGUUAACGUCCGGUAUGCGCUACAUGUUAAUCUGCACUAUAUGUACAAACUUUGGGAAUAUGUGUCUUUUUUUUUUUUUUUUUAAUUUAACGUUCAAAUGGCUUGAUAUGUAAAUAAAACAAAAAAUGUAUAACAGA